AUGGCGACCCAAGCAGCGCCCUCGGUGCAGUCCACGCACCCCUUCACCUGCAACACGUGCCAGGUCGCCUUCCGCUCCGGCGACCUGCAGCGCGCCCACAUGCAGACCGACUGGCACCGCUACAACCUCAAGCGCCGCGUCGCCUCGCUGCCGCCCCUCUCCUCCGAAGUCUUCACCGAGAAGGUCCUCGCCAACAAGGCCUCGGCCGCCGCCACCGCCGCCAGAGCCUCGUUCGAGAAGUCCUGCGGCCCCUGCCAGAAGACGUACUACAGCGAGAAUGCCUACAACAACCACCUCAACAGCCAGAAGCACAGGGCCAACGUCGCCAAGGCCGGCUUCGACGAUGCCGCCUCCGUCACAGGUUCCGUCAUGAGCUCCGCUUUCAGCCUGGGCGAGUCCAUGGCCUCAACCGCAGACUCCGAGACGACCGAGCUGGACCCCGAGGCCGAGAAGGACUUUUCUGACGUGGCCGACGGCAUCAACAACACACGCAGCGAUGCUUCCGAGCCCCUCUCGCGCCGCCCUGCACGACCCCACCCUUCGCGAGCCGCCGCAAAGCCCGAGCAUCCACUGUCCCCAACGGCCGCCAACGAGAGCGCCAGAGAGGAGGAUGGGUCCUCGGUCGCGUCCAGCAACAAGACACAAACAGACCCUCUCCAGGACUGCUUGUUCUGCAACUACCGCUCCCCCAACUUCUCGCUCAACCUUCACCACAUGGGGCGCCACCACGGCAUGUUUAUCCCGGAGAAAGAGUUCCUCGUCGAGCCCGAGAGUCUCAUCAAGCACUUGCACGACAAAAUCUACGAGCAACACGAGUGUCUCAAGUGCCACAAGCACGCCCACUCGUCACACGGCAUCCAGACCCACAUGCGCGACCGAGGCCAUUGCAUGAUCGGUUUCGAGACUGACGAAGAGCUGGUCGAGAUUGGCGAAUUCUACGAUUUCCGGAGCUCAUAUCCCGACGCAGACCGGUUCAAUGAUAUGGAGCAAGAUAUCGAUUCGGAUGACUCCACAUCUACCGCGGGCGGCGGCGUGAAGCUGGGCGCAGCACGGAAGACGGUCACCACAACCGAGGAUGACGAAGCUGUCCACUCGGGUGAAGAAGAAGAUGAAGGAUGGGAGACAGACAGCACUGUGUCGAGCGUGCCCACCGACGAGAUUACCGCCAUUCCGAUUGAUCGUACCCACCGCCACAAGCUUCUCAACAAAUCAAAACACCACGCCCAUGGCGAUCCUCGACCACACAAGAGCGCCGACGGAUUCCACUCGCACGCCCACGCCACACCAGUGGCUGUCUACCACGACGACUACGAGCUCCACCUCCCGACAGGUCGCGUUGCAGGCCAUAGGUCACUCAACAAGUACUACCGUCAGAACCUUCGCAACUACCCUGGAGUCGCUGAGCGCAUGGAGGCCGCGCAACGACGCGCCAUCGCAGGUGCAGCCUCAUCUGAUUCUGACGGAGACGUGGACAUGGAAGACGGCGGACGUGGCCGGCAACAACUCACCACCCGCGCCAACGGUGGCCUUGGUAUGAUCGGCGUGAGCGAUUCGAAGAAGGCUGAGAUCCGCGCUGUCGAGAAGCGCGAGCAGAAGCGGGAGCAGCGCCACAGGACAAAUUACCUGGCUGGAAACGAAAAACGUGCCAACCACCAGAAGCAUUUCCGCGACCACUUGCUCCAGUGA